AUGCCCGUACUCGACACGCAGGGCACCGCCCAUCCCUCUCCCCCCCUUGAUGGCAGUUUCGAUUUCUACGCUGGACCUAACCUCUUGGACUUCGUUGAAUUCAGCGAUGACAAGCAGUGGGUGAUGAAGGAUGCCAAGGACAGAUUGAAGGUGCUUGCUGCCUUGUGCGAGGUCUACCUCCACGUUACCACCGUCCAGCCCGCAGAUUUCGCUGGUCUUCCAUCUGAGAGCCUGCUCACUUUGAAUGAGCUAAUGAAUGACAUCGUCCACGAUGUCCACGAGCUCGGCAAGUCGAACAACCUCGCGGCUCUUGAUUUGAUCGAGAUGUCCCGCUCCCAUGCUUCUGAUGAAUUUAAGGAGUUGGUUGAAGACAAGAUCCGAGACCUUGAGAUCCAGCGCGAUGUCAUCAAGGGAAAGGUCGACAUGAUCCACGGCCUUCGCGAAUUCCAACUCGACGAGGAAGAAGAGUUCGAGGUCGUCGCUGAGCCUGUGGCGGUCCCCCGUGUGCCCAAGGGUGACUACGAAUGGACCCAGGCGAUCAUCAACAACAAAGGCCCAAUGAUCAUUCUAAACAACCUCCCUACCCGCAUCACAUACGCGCAGGUAAUGGAAGGUGUCACUGGUCUAGGCGGUAUCAGCAGUGUUCUCGUCAAGCCGGAGCCAGCAGGGUCUCGAAAGGGCGCGUACUGUGCCGCUCUACACUUCAACAACAACAAGGCCGCCAACGCCUACAUCGACUUCUUCAAGGAGAAGCCUCUCUUCUUUGUAGAUCAAGAGGGCGAUGUCCACAAGGCUCGCAUGCUGCACUUCCAGACAGCGGCUCCAUCGGACCAUGAUCCUCAGAGCUCUGUCUCCGGACGAUGCCUGGAUUUCAACAACUUCCCUGCCACGGCCGUCUGGGCCGCCAUCAAGAAGAUCGGCAUCUCGCAUAUCGUCCGGGUAACGUUCAACCCUGACGCCUCCAGUGAUGUUGGCGAGCUCUCAGUGGAGAUGACCGAUGCAGUCAGGGCGUCGUACGUCCGCGAUAUGUCGCUUGGAGAAUUGCCCAUCCCCGGCUUUUCAGGCCGUGCAGAGGAUAUUUCUGACGGACUCUGUGAGUCCGACUAUCCCCCUUCUCAUAUCCAGAACCGCUACGCCAAUGUCAUACCCUACGUGGCGCAAAACCACCUUGAUAAGUGGAACCAGGCUCCCUACAACACUUGGGAGCCUCCCCGACCCCUCCAACCCGAGUCGUACGUCCGCAUGAUCUACCAGGCCACCCUUCCCAGGAUCCCUGAGGAAGAGGUGAGACUUCGCCCCGAGAUGACGCUGGGUAGCCGCACCUACACCUGUGAGGACGGAUGUGUCUACAAACUGUCCACGGGAUACCCAUCCUCCCAGAUAGAAGUCCGAGGACAGGAACUCAAGGUUCUCCAAGCUUUGACCCUAGGCAAGAAUGAGUGGGCCGACUUCUGGAGAGAGCUUGCGCUGCAACAGCAGGUCCUCAACCCAGAUACCUACGCUCACAUGGUUGAGCAUCGUCGCCUGAUGGCGGAAGGCCAGAUCACCUGCCCUACUGACUGCUACGAGUGUGGCCCAAGCCUUCAAGACUCGCCCACUCCCCUUCGCGCCCAGAUGUACACCCAGACUAGCGAUGAGGGUUUCAUGCACGGGGCCUGGCUCCACGGCGAUGAUGUGCAGAUACGGCUCUCUAUUCCUCCAAUGACUCCCCAGAUGGGCCAGAUCCUUCGAUACGAAUAA